GUUUCCUGCCGAAAUGCUUCCCCUUAGUCCUCACGGAACCUUUUUUUUCGCGGGUGUAUCAGACGAACUGUUUACAAAGACGGAAUACCGGAAAUUUGCGUUGACAAGGAAAAGAAAAAUGUGUUGAUGUGUUUCUCAGUACAUGGCUCUCAGUUCAGCCACAGUUUGCAUGCUACAUUCUUCUCUGACAGUGAAACUAUUAAGUUGAUGAUCAAACGGAACGGAAAAUGUUUGCAGGGCUGCCGGAGCUCGGGAUCUCAAAUGGAGAGGAUCUUAAAGAAACUCUCACAAACUGCACAGAGCCUCUAAAAGCUAUUGAUCAGUUUCAGGUAAGAAUGCAUGAUUGUUUUAUUUGUCUGUUCAUCAAUUUUGACAUCGAUUUCGUGCAUUUAAUUACAGAGUAAUGCACACAGUAGUUCCCUCCAAAUAAAGAAGUGUACUCACAAAUCCCUAGGGAUGCAGCGAAACUCUGAUCAUAUAUGCGGAAAACUAACAUCUGUCUUUGUUUGAUAACACUACUGAUAUAUCUAAGACAAUUAUUUGUCUGCAACUCAAGUAUAUUUAACUGUCAACACUUCACAGUCGUGAUCAGUUCACUUUAAAGGAAAUAUGUUGAGUGUAUUGUAGUUUAUGUGCAUGAAAGAAAAUUCCUUCAUGGCGUCAGAGUAUUGUAUUUUUUCAGCUUGUAUGAAUUCAAAACAGCAGCCUAGAUCUGUCUGAGUUAGCAUCUGAUUCUCUGGUGAGAGAAACAUUAUCCUGAUCUGAAUCUAUGGAAACAAAACAUGUCUUCAGUGUCUUUUUUAGACAUUGUUUAAUGUGUGUAAACGACUCAUACAAUUUCUGAAGAUACAGAAAAGGGACCAUUGAAGAUCUGGGCUAAAUUAUUAUAAUAAGAACAUAAUAUAACUAUAAAAAUAGAAAAAGGCGUCAUUUUACUCCGUUUUCUGUCCACGCAUCAUUGGACAAUCGUGAUGGGCACAGCAGUUCUUUUAAAUGGACUGAAUCACUAGAAUCAGUUCACCAAAAAGAUUCGUUCAAAAGAUUCGUUCACGAAAUCACCGAAUCAUUUAGCGCUUGGUGGGAGAAGCCUGCGACUCUGACCUCCUGAAUUGAUACACAGCUGAACAUUUCAGAAUUCAGGUCAAUUCAAAGCUUCGCUGGCGCUAACACACGCGUGUGUACACGUGGGACCUGGUGGGCGGGCCUGUCAUUUUGGCAAAUCAAAAAGCUACAAUGGCUGACUUUCAGACCUUUGCUGAGGUAGAUAUGAUCGGUGAAUAAAAUCGAUUUCAUAUGUAAGGAUCAGCCGAUCACCCAUUCCCCAAAAUUGAGGAAACUGAUGCCGAUCAGUGCCGGCCGUUUUAUCAGUGCAUGUUUACUUUAUUGUUUCCUUUUUUUUUUUUUUUUUUUUUUUUUACAUAAACAUUUUCUCUAAUGUACUCUUUUAUAUAAUCUACUUAAAUGCAUCAGUGGUCAUAAUUUAGUGAUAUAAUUUAGAACAAUUGUCUCAGCUAAUAUAUGAUUCUCUGCAGAUGGAAAAUGGCAUCCUGUUGCCGACCCUCCAGUCUGCACUCCCAUUCCUCGACCUCCACGGGACGCCUCGGCUGGAGUUUCAUCAGUCUGUGUUUGAUGAGCUCAGAGACAAGCUGAUGGAGAGAGUGGCCACCAUCGCAGAGGGAAAAGAUGAAGACAGGUUUGUCAUUAUUUUUACUUUUCAUGACAUUACGAAUUUUCCUGAGACAUCACGAGUUUGGAUGCUACUUACUGGCCUUUGUUUCUUCAUUCUUCUUCAGAUAUGGCAAGCUUGAAGAGCUGCUGGAGAAAAGUUUUCCCCUUGUCAAAAUGCCGUCCAUCCAGCCAGUGGUGAUGCAGGUGCUCAAGCAUCUACCCAAGGUAAAGUUUAGUGAAGGCUUUUUUUGUCUUGUUGAGGAGUGAAAACACAGAUAUGUUACAACAGAGCCUGGGGUACGAAUAGUUAAUUUAAUGUAGAGUAUCCCAAUAAGCAUCAAUUGUUUACCUAAAGGAUUGGUGUGCAUCAGCUUACCCCCUAUGGAACACUGAAUGAAGCCCAGACUGUGUGUUGAUUUUUGUGGGGUUCUCCUAUACAAAGUAUUUGGUAAUGCUUUUCAGUAGGGGUACAUGAAUGAUCAUGAACUCAUAUACUAAUUUAUGCACUAAUCAUUAUGAAUUCAUGCAUGAAUUACCUGAUGAACCGUCAGUAAUUUAUGUUCUUCCUUGAGCUGUGUCACCCCGCUGCAGUCCGUAAUGUGUAUUGCUAUUGUGUGGUCGUUACUCAAGUUGGUAUACCUAGAGAAGCAAGCGGUUGGCAACAUUCGUCUCUAAACGGGGUGUCUAACUCAAUGUUACAUUGUAUUUGACCCUAACUUAAUUUCACGCCGGAAUAUCCCUUUAACAGUGCCGUAUGACUGACUUCAUGAUGAUGCAUUACAUCAAUUACUGCAUUAACUAAGGUGUGUGAGUCAUCAUGAGUUUUUAAUGAUGUUCCUAACAUCCUAACGGGUCAAAAGAACAAGACUAAAACUAUUCAGUCGACUAAAUUUCCAACGCGGUCAUCAUGAUGACAUCAGCUGAACACCAUAGAGACUUUAUCAUGUUUGUGGUCCCUUAAAACUUGUAUAUUGAUAAGCAUUCAUGGUUUCACAGGUGUUAAAGCUACCUUUGUGCACCCUGUACUGUCAGGGAUGCUGUCAUUUGAUCUGUGUGCUGAUGACAAGCCAGAUGGUCCCUUCCCCACGUUUAUCCCAAAUAGGCAGUCUUGGUGACCUGUCAUGGAAAAGUGUUAGGAAUAAAACUCUGGAAGUCAUGCCAGAUCUGUACCAGAUUUACAUGAUACAGAUCAGAAGAUGUUUUUUAUUUGCUUCCUUCUGCAGGUGCCGGAGAAGAAACUGAAGAUGGUGAUGGCUGACAAAGAGCUGUACAAAGUUUGUGCUGUGGAGGUAAAGAGGCAGAUCUGGCAGGACAACCAAGCUCUGUUUGGGGAUGAAGUCUCCCCCCUUCUGAAGCAGUACAUUGUGGAAAAGGAAGCAGCUCUGUUUAGCAGUGACCUCUCUAUCCUGCAUAAUUUCUUCAGUCCGUCUCCCAAAACACGGCGCCAAGGCGAGGUGAGUGACAGUCAGCACAGCAAAUAUAAAUCAGAGGGUUUAGGGCUUGAAUUCCUGUGAGAAGAGAUGACUUUGAACUCUUUUGUGUUACUAGGUGGUUCUAAAGCUGACGCAGAUGAUUGGAAAGAAUGUGAAGCUCUACGACAUGGUUCUCCAGUUUUUACGAACCCUCUUCCUGAGAACGAGAAAUGUGCACUAUUGUACACUGAGGGCAGAACUGCUGAUGUCUCUGCACGACCUGGACAUCAGUGAGAUUUGCUCUGUGGACCCCUGUCAUAAGGUGAGAACACAAACAGUAAUGAAGAAUCCGAGCUUGUGUUUUUUACGUGUGUGUGUUAAAUGUUAUAUAUGUGUCCUGCAGUUCACUUGGUGUUUGGACGCCUGCAUCCGUGAGAAGUUUGUGGAUGGCAAGCGAGCCAGAGAGCUGCAAGGUUUCCUGGAUGGAGUGAAGAAAGGACAGGAGCAAGUGCUCGGGUAACAAAAAGGGGGCGGCUUUAGUUCAUGAAAAAAAGAGUAUUUUUGUUAUCUCAGCUGAGUGAAGUAAGUUAACCUUUGUGAAAUUUCAGGGACCUCUCCAUGAUCCUGUGCGACCCAUUUGCUUGCAACACCCUGGUCUUGAGCAUCAUGAGGAACCUGCAGGAGCUGCUGAGUCAGGACAGUUUACCCAGAGUAAGCACACAGGACCCAUGAUCAUACUGUAUAUGUAGUCUUGACAAUGACAGCUGGUGGCAGUAAUGAGGCAAAUAAGUUGGCAUGUGAGGCAGCUGUGCUCUCUCUCUUUUGAGUUGUUGUAGUUUGAUGCCAGUUAGAUUUGCAGCCAAGCAAAUCAACCACAUGAAGCUCUAAGAAAUAUGAAACACAUAUCAAAAUAAGAUAAGCCAAUAUGUUUAUUCAGCAAAAAUGAUGAGGGAGGGUUUUAAGAUUAAUGAUGAACCUCAGUGCUCCAUGAUACACAGUGUCAAACUGAGAAGAGGCAUACAUGUAUGACACGUGCAUCAGGGCAGAGGGACUAAAGCAUUUGUUUAACCUUAUGAACAGCUGACACUGCAUUUUUUUGCAUUGGCUUUAUAGUGUUGACAUACAACGGUUAAAAAGAAGUGGAGAAAUUCACAGGGGAUAUUAAAAGGGUACUCAAGCAUAGAGCUGCGUCACCCAGGUGCAGUCCGUAAUGGACUGGCCCGAGGUCUACCUCGGUCUAACUAGGGUGUCUAAUCUGGUGUUACAGUGUGUUUGACCCUAUAUCCCCGGAGUAUCCCUUUAAGAGACACGCAACAACAACAAAAAACAAAAACACGGAUCUUGGUCCGGACUUCGGGUGUGAAAACACCCUUAGCUACAGUGCUAUAAGACAGGCACAAAUCCGCAAAGAGAUAGCACUUAUACCAAUACCUUCAACACCCAGAGGAAGUCACGUUUUUUUUUCCUUAGCUGUGUUCUCAUCAUGCUAACAAAAAGAAGUGUUUGUUUUGUUUGUGAGUAGGACAGCCCAGACCUGAUGCUGCUGCUGAGGAUGCUCUCACUGGGUCAAGGCGCAUGGGACAUGAUUGACAGCCAGGUUUUUAAAGAACCUCGCUUGGUAGGUACAAUCAACACCUCUUGUAUCAGUCUGUCAGUUCAUAAGGGUUACAAAAGGUCAACAGUCAAGUGUCAUUGGCCCUUCACUGCAGAUGAGGAUCAGUGAGUUAAACAGUGUUGAAUGAAAAUAAAUGUACGUUUAUAUUUGUGUGUGGACUCUCAGGAUCUGGAGGUUGUGACCCGCUUCCUGCCAGCCAUGAUGUCAGUGGUGGUCGAUGAUCACAACUUCACUGUAGAUCAGAAGCUUCCCAGUGAGGAGAAAAGCUCUCUGUCAUAUCCCACCACCCUGCCAGACGCCUUCAAUAGGUGAAUACAAUCCUCAAGAAACAGAGGCUGACAUGAGGUCACAUGACUGCAUGGAAAAUGUUUUUAUGAAAGUUUUGUCACCAGCUUCUCAGAAUUUCCUCAAAAAGCCCAUGUAAGAGGCUAAGCCUGUCUCUCUUGACAGAUACCUGCAGGAGAACAGGGUGGCCUGCGAGAUGGGCCUCUACUACGUCCUCCACAUUGCCAAAUUGAGGAACAAGAAUGCCUUACAGAGAUUACUACCUGCUCUUGGUGGGUAUCAACAUCACAAAUGGAGAUGUAUUCUCAAAAUGAAGCAUGCUGAGCUCUCAGAGCCACUAUCACAUGGUUUAAAAGCAUUAACCUCUGAAAUUUUACAUAUCUUGGCAGUAGUAGAUAUGUUUUAAAAGUUAAAGGUGAAGGCAUUCAUUUUAAAGAUUUACCACAAGAUUUGUGAAGCCAACAUUUGUGUCUCUGCUGCUCCCUCAACAGUGGAGACCUACAAUGACAUGGCCUUUGGAGACAUCUUCCUGCACCUGCUGACUGGACACCUCACGCUGCUCUCUGAUGAGUUUGGAUCAGAGGACUUCUGUUCAGUUGUCUUUGAUGGCUUCCUUUUGACUUCUUACUCCAGGUGAGUUUCCUACAAGGGAUCCUUAACGCAUGGUAGAGUUUUGAUUUAGCUCCAGGUUAUUAUGCAUUAUCAGGGGACCUAAUCAUUAUCUAUUAACAUACAGUUUGACGACACUGCGCAGGAUUUGCCUCUGAACCUGUCAUUCAGACCCUGAUGACAGGUUAUUGUAGACUCUGUAAAUAGAGAUUAAAAAAGACCCAAUAUGAAUGCCAACAGACCCGACAAAAAUAAAAGCGGUAUUCGUACAAUUGGGAAGAUUGUUCUUUAUACAUUGAGCUCAAUGAUUGUCACCAUGUUUCCUGACAGUUUGUGUUUCUGUGUGAAUGUUUCCCAGUAAAGAGAACGUCCACAGACACACUCUCCGCAUGUUGCUGCAUCUACAUCACAAAGUGCUACCAUCGUACAUGGAAACCCUGCUGAAAACUCUGGAACCUCCAAAACAGGUUGGUUUCACUCCUGUGCUGCAUUUAGACUUUUUAAGCCCUAGAAAGCAAAAACAAGCCAAGGGAUAAAAGGAGUCUCUUGAAUUUACUGAUUUCAUUUCCCAAAUAUGAUAUCAAUACCCCGUAUUACAUACUCUGCUGGCUUCCAAACAGCAGUUUUUGAGUUUGUCGAAAAGUUUGGGGAAAAACUCACUUUCUGUUGUUGUCAGUUUCUUUCAAGUGGAACAGACUUUGUGAAAAUGCCACACAUAAUUAAGACAUUUCUGCCAUCAUAUGACACAAGGAAUUGAGAAUUGUUAAUAGCUAGAGUUUGUGGGUAGAAUCUCAUAAGCAGUCCUAGAAUUAAAGUAUUAUUCCUAAGUGUAAGCAUCUGGAGUCAUUUUUAUGUGUUGGACGUACUGACUGAGUGAGAUUGUGUUUCUGACCACAGAGCAGCGAUCCGGUGAAGGAGCUCUACACCCAGCUUACAGAGAAGCUAGAAGCUCAAAAGAAGAGUCCUCCCCCUCCAGAAGAAGCUCCAUCCCUGGAUCUAGGACUACACCCAGUGACCGUCCCCACUACAGCCUCCACCCCAACCACACCUCUCUGAGACUGAAACAGAAAGAAAUAGAGUGGCUAGAUUGUUAAAAAAAAACCAAAAAACCGACACCUCUCUUUCGAAAGGGGAUUGAACUUUUCUGAGCGUUUGGUUGUAUGAAUCUUUCUUUCUAAAGGUUGAUCUUUAGUUGUUCAUCUAUGAGGGGAUCUUCCAGCUCUGACCACCUAGAUCAGCAGCCAGCUAGUUUUCUUCGUUGCUGAGUAAACCUCUUCAUUUCAUAAUAUUUCUUUCUGAAAGUUACAUUGAAGUUGUCAGUAGUUCCACAGACCUGUGAUUAAAUACCUAUUUAGAAAAAGCAAAGAGGUCUUGUUGUGUUUCAGAAAAACUGAAUUUGGUUGCUGCAUCAACUCUGUACAGUUUCUGUCACCUAACUUUCAUGAAAAAGUGUUGUUGUAGCAAUUUGAGUUUAUAAUAAAUGUUUUAAGAUCGACAUUUGAUAAUAAUCUUAAAAUAUGGCAUUUAUGCACUUGUUGAUAGGGGCACCACCAACCAUUAACAGUGGGAAAAUAAGAGUGCAAAAGUUUAAUUCAGAAAUUAAACAUUACAUCAAUAUAAAAUCA